GACUCCAAGCGAAAGUAUACAAAGGAGUAAGAAAUUCUGGAAUUUCCUGUGAAUGAUUGAGCCUCUCAUUGAUCAAUCAGGCUAAUUAAUUCUAACUAAUGCUGGAAAUGCAAUUUGAAAGGAACUGGGUUUCACUGUAUUUGGCAAAAGCUCCAACUUGCUUUGUUAUGCUCUCCAAAAUUAGGGGUUUUGUUUCAAUUGAUUAAAUUUUCUUACUUCAGUUAGAUCCUCUGAUAUGUUUUUUAUAGUAGCAAAGUCCACCGGAGUAAGGUAAACUCAAUGGAAAAUUCAUCAGAAGGAGAGGAAGAAGGGAAGCUUACAGGAGGUAGCCAACAGCUUUUGGUUGAAGAUAACCUCUGGGAGAUGGCUAAGAAGGCUGCUUGGAGUGUCAGCUCUUGCAAAGCUGGAAAUGGCAUUACUUCCCUUCGAGAUGAUAACCUUGAUACAUACUGGCAAUCUGAUGGUGCACAACCUCAUAUGGUCAAUAUACAGUUCCAGAAGAAAGUAAAGCUCCAAUUAGUAGUGUUAUAUGUUGAUUUCAAGCUUGAUGAGAGCUACACCCCUAGUAAGAUUUCAAUUCGUGCAGGUGAUGGUUUCCACAACUUGAAGGAGAUAAAAUCAGCGGAACUUGUCAAGCCAACCGGAUGGGUGUAUAUAUCAUUGUCUGGGAAUGAUCCUCGUGAUACAUUUGUUAACACUUUCAUGUUGCAAGUGGCAAUUUUGUCGAAUCAUCUGAAUGGGAGGGACACUCAUAUCCGCCAGAUUAAAGUCUAUGGACCUAGGCCGAAUCCCAUUCCACUUCAACCAUUCCAGUUCACCUCAACAGAGUUCACUACCUACUCUAUUGUGAGGUAAAACUCAGAAGAACAUCAACAUGUUUCAAUGUAACAAAGCAGCUGAUUCAAGGUUGUUAAGUAUAGUAGGUGUUUAGAAAGUGCAAAAAAGUGUAUUUAGUCCAUCAAGUAAUUAAAAAUGUUGGAUAAUGUUAACUUGUAAGUUAUUUUCUUUGAAUGAAAAUGAGAACAAUAUGAGAGGGUAA